UUGCUACGUGGAAGAGGAAGUAUAGAGUAGCAGGCUAAUGCUAGCAGCGCUUCAAGUUGACCAAAACAAACGAUGACAGUCGAGCAAAAUGGGCCGAAAAAAGCCUCUUUGUACUUAGUAGUAGGCUUCGUGUUGCGGAGGUAGAAUUGCAAGUGUGUGUACAGGACUGGCGUAACUAUAGUACGCGUUAAAUGGCAAAAUUACCAUUUACGGAGAUCUAACACUGACUAUAGGGGUAUUAAUGUUUUGCGUUAGCUAACGUUGCUUACUGGCUAGCUGUUUAAUCUUGACAGACUCGGAAUACGUUUAACGUUGACAACGGCAAAAAUGCAUUGACACGUCAAGUGACUGCGCUUUUUGUCGUUGACGUCGAAUUUCCGCUGUGAUAGCUGUGUAAUAGUGAGUGACCCUGCUAGCUUCCAGUCUUUAAAAUGAGUUGGUUUAACGCAUCUCACUUAUCUAGCUUCGCUAAACAAGCUUUGACAACAGCUCAGAAGUCAAUAGACCGUGUCCUGGACAUUAAAGAAGAGGACCAAUGGAAUGAGUCGAGUGUAAUGCCCUACAAUGAUGUCACAUUACCUGGAAAGCUGUCAUUAAGUGGAGGGUGGGGUUUAACGCAGUGGGAAGAACCCCCUGAGGAAAAGACCACCACUCCUUCCCCCACCUCUCAGGCCAUCACUACACCUGUUACCCGCACAGUUGUUGAUGAUUCUGAAAACUUUUUCAGUGCCUUCUUGUCACCUUUAGAUGCACAAGGUGCAAACCAAAGACAAAUAGUGUCUGUUCCCCCUGCUAAGUCCCAAAGGAAGUCUCAGGAGAAGCAGAAGGAGAAAGAUGAUGACUGUCAAAUAUUAACAUCUACUGAAGAGAGUUCCCAGAGUGAAACAGUUGCUGAAAAACAACUGGUGGAGAAUGGUCCUCCACCAUCAGCACCUCAUGCGGAUACUGCUGUGGAGCAGCAACUUUUUUCCGUGUCUUCUUCCUGUGAUACUUUGCAUGACCCUGAAAGUAAACUAAGCAGUGAAAAAACAAAUGUGAUUUCGACAGUUUCUCUCGACCUAAAAGCAGAAGAGUCACAGAUUUCAGUGCAGCAAGAUGAACAGGACACUACUGACUCCUCUGAACCUUCCCCUGCAAUUUCUGAAUUGAAGAGCUCUUCUCCUUCUGGUCCUUCAUCCUCUGCUUCUUCUAAAGAAGUGCUUCUGGAGCAAAAAGACUCAAAGGCAGAGGAUCGGCAAAAUGAUACACCUUCCCCUCCAGUUAGUGCUUUUUCCUCAGGAACAUCCACAACCAGUGACAUUGAAGUGCUUGACCAUGAGAGUGUGUUAAGUGAAAGCUCAGCCAGUUCCAGACAAGAAAAUGGCGACAGUAAAGCUGGCCUCCACUUGAUGCAGGGCUCAUUUCAGCUUCUCUCUGCCUCCACUUGUGGUGAUUUCCCCCGACUAGAGGACUAUCCCAAACUCACAGAGAGCUGCGGCUCAUCUUCAGAUGCAUUUGAACGCAUUGAUUCAUUCAGUGUCCAGUCACUGGAUAGUCGCAGCGUUAGUGAGGUCAACUCAGAUGAUGAGAUCCCCGGUAGUCGGACGCUGGCAGCUGUUACUGCGGGUGCUGGUCAUCUUACAGUGUCACCAGCUGUAUGUCAAAAGCAGGAAGACGAAGUGGUAGAGAACGUGGAAAAAGAAGAGGAAGAGGGACUUUGUGAGGUGAUGAUGGAGCAUACUGUGGAUGAGAUGGAGGAGAGUGGCCGUAGUGCUACACCUGUGAAUACUGAGCAGCCUGAAGAGUUGAUGGAGUGGGAACCUAAAUCUGAGACCAGUGUUACACUCUCUGAGUCCUUCUCCAAUUCUGAAAAACACAUGACUCCACCAAUCACCGAAGAGAUGAAGAGUGUUUCAACAGUUCAGAUACUAGAACUUCAAAAAGUAAUUGAUGAUUUGUCAGGACGCCUGGAAGCAAGAGAGUCUCAGCUGCUGGCUGUCAGCAAAGAUAAGGCCAGACUGGAGGAGGAGUGCGACAAUCUCAAAGAUGAAGUGAUAAGCCUUAAAGAGGAAAGCUCCACUGUGCAGUCCCUGAUGGAUGAGUUCACCAAACGCAUAGCAGAUGCUGAGAGAAAAGCUCAGCUGGCAUGCAAAGAGAGAGACAUAGCCAAGAAGGAGAUAAAGGGCUUGCGAGAAGAGCUUUCUACAAGGUUGAACUCCAGUGAUACCUUGGAGAUUAUCCGAGAGAAGGAGGAGCAGAUCAGAGGUCUCCUAGAAGAAGGUGAGAAGUUAUCAAAGCAGCAGCUCCAACACAGUAACAUCAUCAAAAAGCUGCGUGUGAAGGAACGGGACAGUGAUGCAAAGAUCGUCAAGCAGCAGAAGAAGGUCAAGGAGCAGGAGGAUGAACUUGCACAACUCCAGCAGAUUCUAGAUGGAAAGGAGGAAGUGGAGAAACAGCACAGGGAUAACAUCAAGAAGCUGAACGGGUUGGUGGAGCGUCAGGAGAAGGAGAUCACUAGGCUGCAGUCAGACACUGAUGAGCUGCAGGAGAAAAACAGAAGUCUCCAGGCUGCCCUGGACAGCGCGUACAAAGAGUUGGCAGAACUUCAUAAGGUGAAUGCCAGCCGUGCCAGUGAAGCUGAGGAGGCAGCGAUGAGCCGGGAAACUCAGGCCAAAGAGCAGCUGAGUCUUGCUCUUGACAAAGCCCAGGAAGAGGCUAGGAUACUUCCCCUUUAAUACCGUGUACAGGUGGCUGACCUGAGAAUGGCCUUACAGAGGGCUGAGCAGCAGCAGGCAAGAAAAGAGGAUUAUUUGAGGGAGGAGAUCAGUGAGCUUCAAAAGAGACUCCAGGAGGCAGAGACCAGGAACCAGGAGCUGAGUCACAGUGUUACCUCUGCAACGCGGCCCCUUCUGCGCCAGAUUGAAAACUUACAGGCCACGUUGGGUGGACAUACGGCAUCAUGGGAAAAGCUGGAGAAAAACCUUUCUGACAGAUUAGCAAAUGCUCAAGCACAACUGGCUGUCGCUGUGGAAAAAGAGCGCUCAGCAUCUGAAGAACUGCUGUCCACAAAAUCCCAGAUGACCUCCCUAGAAUCCCAGAACUCCCUACUCCGCCAGGAGAAAGCCAAGGCCCUGACACAACUUGAUACUGAGAGAAACAAGAGAGAGAAAAUGGAGGAUGAGAGUAGCAGGGAACAUGCUGAAUUGGAAAAUUUGCGAGGGGAACACAGUCGAAUACUUGAAGAAGCUAAGAAGGAAAAGCUUCUGCUCAACAAUCAGCUAGAAAUGGAGAAGAUGAAGGUGGAACAGGAGAAAAAGAAAUGCUACUUAGCACAGGAGGCGCUUAAGGAAAAGGAGCGGAAAGUUUUAAACCAGUCUGUUGGCGAGCCACCAGCAUCCUCUACGCCUUCCUUGUCCCGCUGUAGCUCCAUCAGUGGAGCAGACAAUGGCGGUCUGCACAGCGCGGCUCUGUAUCAGGAUGACUCUUCAGAGCAUUCAUUCAGCACCAUGACCAUGUCUGUGUCAAUGAGUGGAACCAAUCUGUAUGAGGCUGCACGGUUAUCUGGAGGCUCCAGCAUCUUAGAAAACCUCCAGUCACAGCUCAAACUGAGAGAAGGGGAGAUAGCCCAGCUGCAGCUCGAAAUCUCGAACUUAGAGAGGAGUCGUUCUGUGAUGGCAGAGGAGUUAAUUCGACUCACCAAUCAAAAUGAUGACAUGGAGGAGAAGGUGAAGGAUAUUCCCAAGCUGAAAGUUCAGCUAAAGGAUCUGGAACAGAGGCACAACACCAUCCUGCAGAUGUACGGAGAAAAGGCUGAGGAGGCGGAGGAGCUGAGGCUGGACCUUGAAGACGUAAAGAACAUGUACAAGUCCCAGAUUGAUGAGCUGCUGCGGAACCAGAAAUAAAGUUCCUACAGUGCCAUGACUUCUGAAGUUAUAUGUCCACUAGCAAUUCACUUAACUGACUUAGACUCGUUCACAGGAAACAUUAUAAAAACAUAACAUCAUUAAAGAGAGCGGCUUUAAUAUAUCUGUUUAAGAAGAAAAUCCCUUACAUUUUUUUAAUUAUAUUUUAUGUUACCUCAUUAUAAUAUAGUUUAUUUAAAUAAGGGUGUUGGGAUAAUCCAGACCAUACAUCAUAUCAUUGCAUCAUUAGUAUGAAGGAUAGCCCUGGUUUGUCAAUCGGAUACCAACCUAUGCUUUCUGUUUAUGGUUUUGACAUGUUUGGUAAUUAUACAUCUGAUGUAGAACUGUAGAGACAGUUAAUUUCUGUAGGAGUCGAUAACAUAUUUGCACUACACAAAAUCAGUCUUCUUUAUUUCUCGACGAUUGAUCCAGGGGGUUCAACAAAUAUAUGAGUUGUACAAAGAAGGGUACUGUAUGUAUUUUUAAAUCUUUACAAAUCACAAGAGAUGGUUUAGAUCUGAAAACAGAGAAAGGAAAGUGUAUUUUAAAUUAUAUAUAAAUAUGUAAAUGAAUAAACGAUCUAAGUGAUUACAAA